AUGGUGUCCGGCAUCUCCCCCGUUAGCCUGCAGGCGAACGCCCGCAUCAUCUCUUCCAAUUUCAGCGUCUACAACAACGAUUUCCUGCGCAUUCUCGGCUCCGCACCGAAGUUGGAGCUCCUCCUCGAAAACGAUGCUUUCCCUUUCGCCCACGAGGCGAGCGUGUACCUCCCUUCCUCGGACUCGCUGUUCAUGUCAAGCAACGUCUUCACCGACCCCGUCACCAACCAGUCGACCAUCAAAGUGUCCAGGGUGAACGUGAGUGCGCACCCCGUCACAGCCGAGAUCAUCAACACCACGAUCCCCAUGCCUAACGGCGGGGUGAACCACGGCGACGGCAUCCUAUGGGCGGGACAGGGCACCCUCAACGAGACGGGCGGCCUCUUCCAAAUGUCCGGCACGGCGCCUUACCAGUCCGAGCUGCUGAUUGGUAACUACUACGGCCGCCAGUUCAACUCCCUCAACGACGUGGUCGUGGCCAGCGACGGCUCGUUCUGGUUCACGGACCCGAUCUACGGCUGGAAGCAGGGCUUCCGCCCGCAACCAAAGCUGCCGAACCAGGUGUACCGCUAUGACCCGGCGACGAAGGACGUGCGCGUGGUCGCGGACGGCUUCGGCCGACCGAACGGCAUCUCGUUCGCGCCCGAUGAGAAGACGUUGUACAUCACCGAUACUGCGGAGACAGUGGGCGAUGGGUCAGUAGACAUGCUGCAGCCCGCUACGAUCUAUGCGUUCGAUGUGGCCACUAUCCAUGGGCAGCCGUUCUUGACCAACCGCCGCGUCUUCGCGAUGCCCGGCGACGGGAUUCCCGAUGGCAUCAAAGUGGACCAGGAGGGCAACGUGUACGCGGGCUGCAAGGACGGCGUCAACGUGUGGUCCGCUGGGGGAGUGCUGCUGGGCAAGAUUCUCGUCCAGGACGGCACGGCAAACUUCGCGUUCGGGCGCAACGGUCGCAUGUUCAUUAUGAACGAGAAUAAGCUCUUCGCAGCACAGCUGAAUCAGAGCGUCCACGGCACGCUGUUCUAG